UACGACGAAUGAUCGUCCCUAUCGUUAAAGUCCGUGAUAAUAUCAUUCCAAUUCCAAUACCCUCCUUAUUCUCUGAAAUGGUUAACCCUCUAAAAUCCCAUCGCUCGAUACAUCCAUCUGCAAUAACGGUUUUAAUUAAGAACUUGCAUUAUCUACAAGAUUUAGUCCAACAUAAUCACUUGCCUGAUGCAACCCGUCCAGAAGUCAUAAAAGCUGUAACUGAACUUAAAAAACGUGUAUCUGAAACCAGAGAAAAGCCCGUACAACUUAUUCAAAAUUAUAGUAUCUCUAAUAAUAUUCAACCAUUUAUGCCGUCACUUAAUGCUCUUCGUCAAAUAGUUUCUCAUUCUAAAAAAAUAGAGAAAAUACCACAAACACAAAAUGUUCUAGAAAUUAAUAUCCCACCUUUAUUGCGUGUUACUUUAAACG